AUGCCCACCUUUCCCAAUGCCUGCUUCCUCGGCACACCCACCCCUCUCGCACGCCUUAUCCGCAGCCCUGCGCCUCUGCGCACUGGAGGAAUCCCCGCAAUCCCCGCCGCGCGCCGCCUCGCCCCCAUGAGCGCCCCAGCAGCAGCCGUCCCCGAGGACGGCCAGCACACGAUCAUGCCCUGCGAAACCAGCAUCCUGCCCAUUGACGCCUCCAAGCUCGGCACCAUCACCCUGUCCCGCCCCGAUGACGGCGCCCUGCUCGAAGACUGGGACAUCUCGUGGGCCACGUCGGGCCCCGACAUCGCCCGCCUGCGCCAGGCCGCCGCCGAGCUGCAAGAUGGCGCCCUCCCCGUCGCCUUCCCGACCGAGACCGUGUAUGGCCUGGGCGCCGACGCGACCAGCAGCGCCGCCGUGCGCGGCAUCUACACGGCCAAGCAGCGCCCAGCCGACAACCCGCUGAUCGUCCACGUCGCCUCGUUGCGCCAGCUGGGCUCCAUCCUGCGCCCUUCUUCAUCGUCAUCUUCUUCUCCCGCCGCCGCCGACGACGAGGACGUGAGGAACCCCGCCUCCCUAAUCCCCAAAAUCUACCACCCGCUCAUCCGCCGCUUCUGGCCGGGCCCGCUCACCCUGAUCCUGCCGCUCCCCAACGCGCCCUCGUCAUCGGCGCCCCUCGCGCCCGAGGUGACGGCCGGGCUCUCGACCUUCGGCGCGCGCAUGCCGGGCUCGCUGAUCGCGCUGCUGCUGAUCCGGCUGGCGGACCGGCCGCUGGCGGCGCCCUCGGCCAACGCGAGCACCAAGCCCAGCCCGACGGCCGCCGAGCACGUCGCCCACGACCUGCGCGGCCGCGUCGCCACCAUCCUGGACGGCGGGCCCUGCGACGUCGGCGUCGAGAGCACCGUCGUCGACGGCGUCAGCGGCGACACCCCCGUCAUCCUGCGCCCCGGCGGCGUGAGCAUCGACGAGCUGCGCCGCUGCGACGGCUGGGAGCGCGUCGGCGUGGCCUAUCAGGACAAGGCUGAGAUGGGGGGUGCCGGCAGCGGUGAUGGCAAGAAGAAGGGCCGGGGUGCUGCCGACGACGAGGACGAGGAGCCGGCGGCGAAGAAGAGGAAGAAGGAAGCGCCGCGGGCCCCUGGCAUGAAGUACCGGCACUACUCCCCCAAGGCGAGGGUGGUGCUGUUCGAGGCGGGGACCGGCCUGCCGAGCAAGGAAGCCGUAGAGGACUACCGAAAGGUGGGCACGAUCAGGACGAAGAAGUGGCCGAGAGGCUGCGGUCUUCCACUUGCACAGCAGCAGAACGGCGAUGACGCGGAGCAGCAGCAGCCGCAAGAGGAGAGGGAGGAGAGCAAAGCGGAGGAGGGCCGGGAAAGCGCGGCGCCCGUCACGAACGGCACGGACCAGAGCCAGCACCGCGGCUUCUCGAAAAUGCUCGACACGCUCACCGUACGCCCCGUACCCAAGCCGCAACGGCUGCUCGCAGCAGAAAGCGACGUCGACCGGGAGAUCUGGGAGGUCAAUCUCGGCGCCGAGACCAAGGACAUCGCGCGCGGUCUCUUCUCGGCGCUGCGCGAGCUGGACAAGAUCAAUGUGGACGUCAUCUUCGUCGAGGGCAUUGAUGAGACGGAAGGCGACGUGGCGGCUGCCGUGAUGAACCGGCUACGCAAGGCCGCAGAGGUUGAGGUCAAGGGGUCUUGA